AUGGCUGCGUGUUCCAGCUCUGGCUUGACCUCGUCUACGUCUGACCGUGAAAUGUCGGGCUUACAUGUUCGGCCAUCUCAGAGCCAUCUCGAGCUCCAGGAGUGGAUGGCGCGAAUCCAGAGCUCUCUUCAAAGCGUUGAAGAUUCCGUGCUGAAGCAAUCCUUCGCCACGGAAGGCCUUGCGAUUUCUGUGCAUGAGCUCCUGCAGUUUGGAUUUCGAGAAGGCUCUUUGCAAGAGGCAGUACCAGAAGGCGGCAAGAUCGUUCGGCCUCCUCGUAUUGAGGUGCCGGAGGAUGAGCCGACGCCUCUGCCUUGCAUCCCAUGUGACCUUCCAUGCGAGCUCGGCCCAGUGCCCGAAAGGACCGAAGACAGCCAGGAUCAGGGAGAUGGGUUGACGCCCACCCUCCCCAAGGUGGUGCCUCGCCGGCGAAGCCGGCAUAGCAGCGAAGGGGAGGAGCGGGAUGAGGUCGAGAAAUUCUUGGCCUCUCGUGAUCCGCAGUCCACGCAAUAUGGCAUGAUGCACGAGCUGGAGGAGCACAAUGCCUUCCGGCUCAUGCACGUGCGCCGGAAUGGGCGGGCCCACAGCCACAAGAAGCUGAAGAAAUCGAGCUCGCGAGGUUUCGUGGCGGUGCCCGAGCUAAACCCCGAUGUGAGUCAGGAGCGGGAUCCGGAUCUGAGUCAGACGGAGGUGCCGGAGACUCCCAAGAAGAGGGCUCCCACCAUUACCAGCAGAGUCGGUGGAGAGGACAAGGAGGUGAUGCUGAGCAGAGUUCGCCGGGUCUCCUUAGAGGAUCUUCGCAACAACUACGAUGCAGUGGUCGUCCACAACAACGGCAAAGCGCGGGGCCCGACACUGACUUUUGAGCUAGGGAAGACAUCGGCAAUGAGCACCGUGGCUCGGCUGCUCCUCUGCGUGACUGGCAUUUUGCAAUUUCGGAUGGGGCCGCUCUGGCGACUCUUUUCCUGGUGCCGAAACGUGUGGGUUCCUGUCUGCCUGUCAGCACUCCUGAUCUACUACAAUGUGGCGCACCCCAAUGCCGACAUCUCCUUCUCCACCGCACUCCUCG